GAUCUUUCAAUUUCUAAUUAGGUGGGUGAAUCUAAGUAUAUAUUUGAAGCCAAAACAAUUCAGAGAAUGGAGCUUCUUGUUCUGAACACAUUGAAGUGGAGAAUGCAGGCGAUUACCCCAUUUUCCUUCAUUGACUAUUUCCUUCAGAAGAUCAAUGAUGAUGAAGCUUCAAUUGGAGCUUCAAUUUUGCAAUCCUCCGAGCUUAUACUGAGUACUGUAAGAGGAAUUGACUUCAUAGAGUUCAGACCCUCAGAGAUUGCAGCAGCAGUGGCAAUAUCUGUGGUGGGGGACGGCCAAACAGUUCAAACAGAGAAAGCAAGUUCUGAUCUGAUUCAGCCUGUAGAAAAGGAGAGGGUGUUGAAGUGUGUUAAAAUGAUCCAAGCUCUGUCAUCAAACGAUGGUUCUGCUAAGGAUUUAAUUCCUUCUGUUUCUGUCGCUAGCGUGCCUGAAAGCCCAAUAAGGGUGUUGAACAAUGCAUGUUUCAGCUACAAAAGUGAUGAACCAAAUGCUGCUCUUUGUGCAAAUUCUUCACAUACUGAUACUCCAGAUGCUAAAAGGAGGAAGCUAGACAAAACCUUUGGAGAAUAGCCAUUUGUGACUUGUGAUUUUUAGCGUCAUUCCUAGGAUUCUUUUUCUUAAGAAGAUGUUCUGUGUUAUGAAGGUGCCCUCUGAAGGGAAUACUGAAUGAAGGAAGCAGGAAAAAAUAUAGUGAAAAUGGAAAAAAUAAAAAAUAAAAAAUAAAAAAGAAGAAGCAUAAAGGGGUGGAAAACAAAUAAAGGUGGAUGGUGACUGGUGGGAGUUUUUAAGGAAUGGAAUCAACACACUUCAUCCAUGGUCGAAGCAGGAAGUGAUUACUCAACACCAGCUGUUAAAUAUUUUAUAGGUCUUUUUUUAACAGCUACAAAAGAGGUAGUAGUGAUAAUAGGGGAACAAGGACCAGUGUAUUUGUAUGUGUAAGUACAUUUUGUCGCUUUACUUUUUAACGAGGGAGCAAAAUAGAACCCAAAACCAAAAGGCAAAAUAUGAAACAAAGUAAUUCAAGCAUUGAGAAA